UUCGUUGUCGUACGUCGUCGUCGUCGGAGGAGGAGGAGGAGGAUUCCCUUCCCGCCGCCGCUGCUCCGGUGUGUGUUAGCCCCGAGUCCCGGCUCGAGCUCUCUGAGUCGCUGCGAGGAGACGGACGGAGCCCGAGGCGACACGCUCAUUCAUCCUCGACGUCAACAAUGGCAGCGCACGACUUCAAUAUCUUGCUCGCGACGGACUCGUACAAGAUCACACAUUACAAACAGUAUCCUCCGAACAUCAACAACAUCUACUCCUACUUUGAAUGCAGACGCAAGAAAGGUUCCCAGUUAAGCGAAGUGGUGUUCUUUGGUCUCCAGUAUCUGUUGAAGAAGUACCUCGCAGGCCCCGUGGUCACAGAGGAGAAGAUUCAGGAGGCCAAGCUCUUCUACCAAAUGCACUUCAAACAAGAUGUGUUCGAUGAAGAAGGCUGGAGGAAACUCCUUGAGAAACACGAUGGCCGCCUCCCUAUCCGGAUCAAAGCCGUCCCUGAGGGCAGGAUUAUACCCAGAGGCAACGUGCUCUUCACUGUGGAAAACACUGAUCCCAACUUCUACUGGCUCACCAACUACAUUGAGACCAUGCUGGUGCAGAUGUGGUAUCCCAUCACAGUCGCCACCAUAUCCCGGGAGUUUAAGAAGAUCCUAGCCAAGCACCUGAAGGCCACCUCGGGGAGCCUGGAAGGACUGGAGCUGAAGCUGCAUGACUUUGGCUACAGAGGAGUUUCCUCCCAGGAGUCUGCAGCAUUAGGCGGAGCAGCUCACCUGGUGAAUUUCUGCAGCACAGACACGGUGGCCGGGCUGCUGAUGGCUCAGAGGUACUACAGCUGCCCGAUGGCCGGCUUCUCCAUCCCAGCAGCAGAGCACAGCACCAUCAUCUCCUGGGGGAGGAACAGGGAGAACGAGGCGUUUGAGAGAGUCCUGGACCAGUUCUCCUCUGGACCAGUCUCGGUGGUCAGCGACAGCUACGACAUCUUUAACGCCUGUAAACACAUCUGGGGAGACAAGCUGAAGGAGCGCGUGAUGGAGCGGAGCCACGACUCUUGUCUGGUCAUCCGACCAGACUCAGGAGAUCCCGCAGAGACUCUUAUUGAGGUCAUCAAGAUCUUAGAAGAGUGUUUUGGUUGUUCUGUUAACGCUCAUGGAUACAAGGUGCUGCCUUCUUACCUGCGGAUCAUUCAGGGGGAUGGCAUCGACCUCAGCUCAGCGGACGAGAUUCUUCAGAAGCUGAGUGAUGAGGGCUGGAGUGCUGAGAACGUCUUCUUUGGAUGUGGCAGCGCUCUGCUUCAGAAACUCAACAGAGAUACACUCAACUGCGCCUUCAAGUGCAGCUACGUGGAGACAAAUGGCAAGGGGAUGGACGUAUACAAGCAGCCGGUGACCGACCCGUCCAAGGGCUCCAAGAGGGGUCGGUUAUCACUGAGGAGGAACUCUGAUGGCUUAUUGGAGACGAUAGAGAGAGGAGCAGGGAAGCCUGAGGAGGACAUGCUGGUAACUGUUUUUGAGAACGGCAGCCUGGUGAAGGACUACACUCUGGAGGAGAUCCGGAAGAACGCCCGGCUGCGCGACGAGGACCUGGAGCCCGCCCUGCACAACCACAAGAGGGAGCUGCUGCACAAUCAUAUCAUCAACGGGAUUCAUUAGAUCAACCACGGUCCCCCCAACAGCCCCCCCCCCCAGACCAUGAACAGAAUAUUCCUGCUUUCCACAGGGCUCACUGGAAUGAAGACAUCCUUCUGAGAAUAAACUCAACGUGUUGAAGGGGAGGGAAAAGCUUUUUCUUAUAGACCACCACCCUCCGGCCCCUCCCCCUCCUCUCCUCUGCCCUGGCACGACCACGAUCAGAACUGAAGCUCAGGGUCAGACAUGAUGCGUUCUCAUACUUUGAUUUCAAGAUCACUCUCCUGAAUUUGUAGUUGCUACUGAACAUUACAACAAUAUUAGGGAGUUUGCCUCUAAAGAUAUUUUUUCCGAGCUUCUUUUUCAGGCCUAAAAUGACCUAAACAUCCAAAUAUUCCAAGCUUCCAUUACAUUUCUAUUAGAGUUGAAAGAGCAUUUUAGACAAAAUUUUACUAUGAGAAGAUAUGAAUUGUACCAGUGUUACUGAUUAUUGUAAAUAGUGCGUCAUCACAUCAUUUUACAUUACAGUGAUUGAUAUAUAAUAUUUAAUUAAUUGUUAGUGUCAACUCUUAUUUAUCAGAAGAACAGUUUAUUGCUCCAGCUGCCAUUUAGUUUGGGUUUCCACAUUAUUAAUAACAUAUAUAAUUCGGUGAGCAGGGUCACAGAUGGGAUCCAGCCUCUGACAAAUAGAAUACUUGCUCUUAAAAUGUAACUGAUCUUCAUCACCCAUUAAACAUCCACUGUGUUGGUAGAAAAAAUGAAGUGGUCGAACCUGGAACCAGAGCUCCCGUAGCCGUGGACCAGAGCCGCGCUCGGAAACAUCACAUCACGUUCAUUCAGCAGACGCUUUUGUCCAAAGCGACUCGCAAUAAGUGCAUUCGACCAUGAAGAUAUUAUCCCCCGAAAAAGGCAGGUGUAGUUUCCUCGGUUAUUCUGUCGUACUUUCCAUUUGCUGCAUCACCGGCUCCUGCUGGUCUGCAGCUGGUGGACAGACGGCCGGGCGUUAUCCGGUACGAUACACGGAUGAACUCAAUAAUCGGCUGUCCACAUCCUGAUGCUCCCUCCACAGCACUUCACUGAUGGAGGGUCAUUUCGUUGGUGCUUCCUAACCAAUUUAGCCUUAGUUUCAUCAGUUCACACAGGAUUUCCCCCCCCCCCCAUAACACUGGGACAUGUCAAUGUGAAUCAUCAGCGCGUCAAGUCCCCGCCUCAUGUACCCCUGAAUUCUCUUCAACUGGCACGGCGUUGUAACUUAGCUCCUUGUUGCCAGGGCGUUGACGAAAUCAAAGUGAACGGCGAAUCAACCCGCAGAAGUUUGCUGCCGUAAAUGAGCGACACACCCAGUAUCAGUAACACUUCCUCCUCCUGGUUUCACAAGGCUGCUCAUGCUAACUACCUCUGUAGCCAGUCGGCUAACGGCGUCGAAGCGAGGAGCCGGCGGUAGCGGUGUAAGCUAGCUCCCUAUUGGCUUGAGCAACCACAUGAAUAACACGAGACAUUAGUUCCUGUUCUGGUUUCCAGUGACUGUGGAGUUUUCUCUUGACUGGAGUUGACGCAGGCGCAGACACGUUCUCGUAUUUCUAGCUCCGAUUCAAACACUAGAGCAGCCAUAUGAUUAAACGUCUUCUGUUUCAGUGAAACGAAAGUGUGUGUUCAACAACGUCUGACGUACUGAUGGGAGCCGGAAAUGCUGGAAUCUGCGGUGAACGUGGCUCAUGUACAGACAUGAAGGUCACUGUACACACUCACUGUAUCAAUAUGUGCCUUCAGGGCACGGUGGCCUUUUUUUUGGCCUUUUGACCUCUGGACUGGCUUCCAGUCAAACACUUGUGCUGCUGUGAAGACACAGCAAAGGCACGUUGCACUGCCCCCUCGUGUUCACACGGGACCCAUCAACCUCCUGUCGUGGUCUGGAAAACUGGAUUUAGAUUGUUUUAUUAUUGGCACAAUUUGAAUUGAGUCCUUUUUGAUCACAUGAUUAUAUUGAUAGUUUAGUAAUUAGCAUUAGUCUCAGUCACAGUCUCCUUAUUGAGAUGAUGCAUCGAUAUCCGCUCGCAUUACAAAUGGUCUGUGUGAUGAUGUCAGCGACUCGCUCAGCAGUAUGUGUUUCUAACCAAACCACCUCAAACUGAGUCGCAUCAUUCUAUCCAUUUCUCUGUUGUUUGAUAUUGAUGUACAACGGGGUUUUGCUACUUACAAUUUUCUAACAUUGUUUGCUGUGGCAUACAGUUUUUACUUUUUGACUGAUGUUUGUUUUUGCAGAUAAACCUCAAAAGAAAAUUUUAAAUAGGCCUUUAAUUAAGCAACGCUAACAUGUGGUGACAUAUACUGGACUGGGGGGGUAAAACAAUUCAGAUCCCUCGAUGGAACAAUAGAUACUGGUAAACGAGACUUUAUUUAAAGUAAGAUUUAUUUGUUUUUGAAGAUGAAUAUUUUUAUGGGCAUAACAGGAAAAAAAUAUUUUGGUGUUUACGACAUUUUAUCUAAAUGUUCCGACGGUACAUGUAUCUGAUGACCUGAAUUGAGAAAAAGAUAAUGUCAAAUAUAGUGAAUUUUGAAGUGGCCCCUCCCCUUUCUCUUGAGCAGCUGCCUGCUUCUGUCAGUUACAACAGAUCCACAUCAGCACUGACGAAUAAAAACACGCUGCUCAUUAUUACUUUUACUUUCUGUUAACGUCCCGCCCCCCCAGCAACAUAUCCCACAACAACCAGUUCAGUGUCUUGUCUGCAGGCCACAACCUGUUGGUUUCGGAGAUCGUGAGUCAUGAAGGAGUGAUGAUGUACACGUGCUCUACCUCUUGUGUAAUACUGCCACUAAUCAUAUAAUCGGAUGCCAUGUUGUAAAUAUCCCUUUGACGCACGUUUGCUUUGAACUGAUUUAAAUGUUAUUUACUUUUGAUUUUCUUUGUUUCACUGACCUUUUCUCAGAUUAAAAAAAAUGCUGAAAACCCUCCAA